GUCUGAUGACAACAUGUAUCAUGUGAGAAAAGGGUACCCUUUCUAUGGUACAUUGGGUAUGUUGUCAAUAUUUGGUUUGCAUAUUGAUAAGACGGAUAAAGCAUCUAUAAGGAGAUACGAAUUUUUUGGUUUGGCGUUGCCUCUAUUGUUUAUUCUAACGAUAAUCGUUCCUACCGCCUUGCAUAUGGUGGUUGUCACUAAAGGAAAUGUGGGAAUCAACAUCGCUGAAGACAUAACAGUAACAGUGAGUGGAACAAGCGUUAUUACGACGUUCAGACGAUCAAUGAUGUCGUACAGCUUACUCCAUCGCGUCCUUCAUAAUAUGGCGGAUUGCAAGAGGUUUGGUAAGCCUCCAAAAAUGGAUAGCACCAUCAAGCACUGUAACAUGCUGUCAGUAAUGUAUAUACUCUACGUCUUCACGGGAGCCAUUAUGUACGCAGUUUUAACCCAGAUAGAUGCGAAGCAAUGCAGGGAAAUUUCAGCCAACGUUGAAAUUAACCUUUUCUGUGGAACCUAUCUGCCGGUUUGGUUGCCGUUUGACAUAAACACCAAGUUGAUCUUCUGGGGUCAACUGUGCGCGAUAGCGUGGUUGUUAUUGCCCUCUAGUUUGUACUGCUACAUUUACUAUGAGUUUGUAGAGAUGCUGAUGACUCGAAUCGGACAUCUCAGUUUGUAUUUGGAGGACGCGUUUGUAGAGAGUGACGUGGAUACCAGGCGACAAAAAUUGAAGAUCUGUGUGGACUACCAUGCCUACAUUUUAAGCAUUGCAGAUCAGCUGGUACCUUUAUUAAAGAGCUCCAUAGGCCAUUUGCCCGUCCUUUGGGCCAUAAUAUUUGGAACUAUAGCAAAUCAAAUAUACAAUAGUAAGCCUUUAGGAGCAGUCAUUUUUCUCGGCGGAUAUACAGCAGCACUAGCAUGGCUUUCACAGGCUGGGCAGACUCUCCACGACCAAACACUUGGCGUAUCAGACACACUCUAUGACUUAAAGUGGUAUACAGGCACUAUCCGAGAGAUAAAAGAUAUUCGAUUCAUGAUGGCUAGAAGUCAAAUACCUGCAAAGCUGCCAGCCACACCGUUUGGACAUUAUCAAUAUGCUUUAUUCAUAACGAUUAUGAAGACGGCUUAUUCCUAUAUGACGCUAAUGAGAGGAUAAAGAAGGGCAGAUUUUAUGGAAAAGUAACACUGUCUAAUAAAACACCUAUUUAUCGCAUUAAAUCAAACAUUUUAUAACUUUGAUUUGUUUGAACGUACAUGGAAUAGCAAGUUGCUUUUAUGUUAUCGAAAAUAAUAUACUAG